AUGGAUGUCAUAGUUCCAAUAGAGCCAACCGCUUCUAAUGGACACAAAUUCAUUUUGGUUGCCAUUGACUACUUCACCAAUCACUUGAUGAGAGAGAUAUGUGAACAAUUUAAUAUUACUCAUCAAAACUCAACCGCUUAUCAUCCUCAGAUGAAUGGAGCUGUAGAAGCCGCAAAUAAGAAUAUCAAGAAGAUUUUGAGGAAAAUGAUUGACAACCACAGAGGUUGGCACGAGAUGUUUCCAUAUGCUUUAUUGGGUUAUCGAAUGACUGUCAGAACGUCAAAUGGAGCUACUCCGUACCGGUUAGUAUAUGGAUCAAAAGCAGUCAUACUCGCCGAAGUUGAAAUACCGUCCUUGAGAAUUAUCCAAGAAGUUGAGUUGAUUAAUGCUGAAUGA